AUGGAGCCGGGGAGACACGAAGGUCCCCGAGACCUGGCCCAAGGCACAACCCACCUGGGGCCGCUGCUGCCAGCCACCGGCUCCGACAGAGGAGCUGCUGGCACCACCUCCGAGUCUGCUCUGUCACCAUUCCCAGUCCCGGGGCGGGCUCAUUGCUUUCUGAGGAACCUCUCUCUGCCCGUCCUUCCAGAGAUACGGCUCGCCAACGGGCCCAGCCGGUGCCAGGGGCGAGUGGAGAUCCUCUACAAUGGCUCCUGGGGGACGGUCUGCGAUGACGACUGGGACAUUGUGGAUGCCAACGUGGUGUGUCGCCAGCUGGGCUGCGGUCACGCCGUCGCCCUCCCGGCCGCCAUGACCUUCGGCCAAGGGAGCGGACCCAUCUUCCUGGACAACGUGGACUGCAAGGGCCGGGAGGCAGCCUUGAGCGAGUGUUGGAGCCACGGCUGGGGCAUCCACAACUGCUACCACUAUGAGGACGUGGCUGUCGUAUGCAACGAGUUCUCGCCCACGCAAGCCAGCGAAGGACCGACAAGCAGGACCCUCACAGCCUCGGUACAGGAUGGGGAAAGUGACGGCAGCAUCCGUCUGGUGAGCGGGACCGACACCUGCCAAGGCCGGGUGGAGAUCUUCUACCGCGGGAACUGGGGCACCGUCUGUGACGACGACUGGGGCCUGAGCGAUGCCAGCGUGGUGUGCAAGCAGGUGGGCUGCGGCCAAGCCCUGGAUUACAAGAGCAACGCCUAUUUCGGCUACGGCACGGGGCGCAUCCUCCUGGACAACGUCAACUGCGACGGCAGUGAGCCCUUCCUCUCCGCCUGCUACAGCCUCGGCUGGGGCAUCCAUAACUGUGGCCACCAUGAGGAUGCUGGGGUCAUCUGCACAGGGCUGGACACAUCCACCAUCACGUCCUUCGCCACCUCGGUGGCCCUGGACUACGAAGAGACGCUCACUGCCACGGCCACAGUGACAGACGGCAGGGACCAGCCUUCCCAGGCCACCGAGGUGGUCACCUCCGCCCUCUUUACCAUCGAGCAGGAAAGUGGCGGCGUGCGGCUGGCAAACGGGAACGGGAGCUGCCGCGGCCGGGUGGAGGUACGGCACCGCGGCACCUGGGGCACCGUCUGCGACGACGACUGGGACUUCCCCGACGCCCAGGUGGUGUGCCGGCAGCUGGGCUGCGGCGCUGCCCUCGCCGCCACCGUCCUCGGCUCCUUCGGCUACGGCAGCGGGCCCGUCCUGCUGGAUAACGUGGGCUGCGGCGGCGGCGAGGCUCGCCUGGCCGACUGCUUCCACCUGGGCUGGGGGCAACACAACUGCGGCCACCAUGAGGAUGCCGGGGUCAUUUGCCGAGGUGCUGACGAUGCUGGAGACCAUUACCAAGAAGCCACCGCUACAACCACCACAUCGGCCCCGACUCAUCCCAAGGAUGGGUCCCUGCGCCUGGUGAACGGCAGCCACCGGUGCGAGGGGCGCGUGGAGAUGUUCUACCUGUCCCAGUGGGGGACGGUGUGCGACGACGCCUGGGACCUGCGGGACGCCAAGGUGGUUUGCAGGCAGCUGGGCUGCGGGUACGCCGUGGCAGCCUGGGGGGAGGCACGCUACGGCCAGGGCACCGGCUACAUCUUCCUCGAUAACCUCAAGUGCAAGGGCCACGAGCCCUCGCUGCUGCGCUGCUCCCACAUCCGCUGGGAUGUCCACAACUGCGACCACUCCGAGGAUGCCGGUGCUGUCUGCAGCGUCCUGUGA